AUGGGUGUUCAUAUUUGCCCUUCUGACGAAGAAAAUGUUGAACUUCAACGAAUGAUAAGUGAAAUUAAACGAAGAGCACUUGAAACUAGUGAACCUGCUAGCGUUUUGAGGGAAUAUACUAUUCAAAGUUCGCCUGCAGAACUUGUAUCUUUAUUGCCUAGUAAAGAUGCUGUUAGAAAGAUUGUGCAACGUGUAAGAAAAGAAAGACCACCUUCAAUGGCUGCUAAAACUUGCAAAUUUGAACAAAUUUAUGGGGGAGAAGAGAUUAAAGACGAACGUUAUAUACCUGAAAAUGUUGAAGAACAUGAUUAUGAACAACCGAAUUUUCCGAAACGUAUAAUUAGAAAACAUGAUAUUUAUAAUGUUGGUUCGACUAGUGCUGAAGAGUUUGAAUCUGCAAUACGUACUUCCACAUUAAAUGCGGAAGCCGACGCUUUUGGUGCGCACGUUGCUGACUUUCUUCGAAAUUUGUCACCAUCUUGUAUGUAUAGAAUGAAGAUUAAAUUUGAACGUUUGAUGCAAUCAAGUAUGCCUAGAAUUGAAGAAAUUGAAGGAAAAUUUUGAAAAUUAAAUUUAUUUUUGUGUUUGAAA